CUGCGGCACCGCCCGGGAAGCUGCGCGAGGCUGGGCGGCCGCCGCCACAUCCUCCUCCUCCUCCGGGUCCAGGCGAGCGGAGCGGGUCCAGGGCCGAGCCGAGGGCUCCAAGGGCGCUGGUGGAGCGGGGCACGGAGCCAUGGCGCACCAGACGGGCAUCCACGCCACCGAAGAGCUGAAGGAAUUCUUCGCCAAGGCACGGGCUGGCUCUAUCCGGCUCAUCAAAGUCGUCAUUGAGGACGAGCAGCUCGUGCUAGGUGCCUCGCGGGAGCUGGCGGGCUGCUGGGACCAGGACUACGACAGGGCCGUGCUGCCGCUGCUGGAUGCCCAGCAGCCCUGUUAUCUGCUCUACCGCCUGGACUCGCAGAACGCCCAGGGCUUCGAGUGGCUCUUCCUCGCCUGGUCACCUGACAAUUCUCCUGUGCGGCUGAAGAUGCUGUAUGCAGCCACACGGGCUACAGUGAAGAAGGAGUUUGGGGGCGGCCACAUCAAGGAUGAGCUCUUUGGGACUGUGAAGGAUGACCUCUCCUUUGCUGGGUACCAGAAGCACCUCUCGUCCUGUGCAGCGCCCGCCCCGUUGACCUCAGCUGAGAGAGAGCUUCAGCAGAUCCGUAUUAACGAGGUGAAGACGGAGAUCAGCGUGGAGAGCAAGCACCAGACCCUGCAGGGCCUCACCUUCCCACUGCAGCCAGCAGCCCAGAGGGCACUUCAGCAGCUCAAACAGAAGACCAUCAACUACAUCCAGCUGAAGCUGGACCUGGAGCGGGAGACCAUUGAGCUGGUGCACACAGAGCCCACGGAAGUGGCCCAGCUGCCCUCGAGGGUGCCCCGAGAUGCUGCCCGCUACCACUUCUUCCUCUACAAGCACACCCAUGAGGGUGACCACCUUGAGUCUGUGGUGUUCAUCUACUCGAUGCCGGGGUACAAGUGCAGCAUCAAGGAGCGCAUGCUCUAUUCCAGCUGUAAGAGUCGCCUCCUCGACUCUGUGGAGCAGGACUUCCAGCUGGAGAUCUCCAAGAAGAUUGAGAUUGGAGAUGGGGCGGAGCUGACAGCCGAGUUCCUCUACGACGAGGUACACCCCAAACAACACGCCUUCAAGCAGGCCUUCGCCAAGCCCAAGGGCCCAGGGGGCAAGCGGGGCCACAAGCGCCUCAUCCGUGGUCCUGGCGAGAACGGGGAUGACAGCUAGGUGGCCGGACCUGAGCUGCCCCGGCAUGUGGACUGUGGGGCUGUGUGCCCCACCGCUCCCGGCCACCUGCCUCCUUCCCAGCCUGGGCUCCAGGGGAGGGUUGCUUCUUGUGGGGCAGGAGGGCUGCUGACAGAACACUCUUGCAGCUUCUGAGAGCCACUGGAGCUGGCAUUUUGUGACCUUCCCCUGUUGCUGUCCCUGCCUCUCAUCUGUGUGCCCAGGGGGUCUGGGGACCCUGCCUGCCUGGCUCAAGGGCGCUGGGUAGGGAGCCUAGAAUGAGCUUGGCCCCCAGGGGAACUGAGACUAGGAUCCUAGCACAUCCCAGAAGCCUUGGCCACAGGGGUGGGUUUAGUCAGGGCUGGGGUAGGGUGUCCCCGCAGAAUAAGAUGGUUGAAUGCUGUAUUUUUUAAAGAAUAAAAUAUUUUUAAAUCAA